UUUUUUUUUUCUUUUUUAAGACACGUUAAUUGAUCUUUGCAAAAUAUUAACCAUGAAAAAGUAAAAAAAAAAACAAGAAAAAAGUUUGCACCUGCGCUUGCAUGUAAAUGUGUAUUUAAAGCCACUAGCUUCGUUGUUACUAAGGAAUAAGAUUUUCUUUAAAGUUAACAGAUUGUGUUCGACAAACAGUCUUUGAUAAGAGCAAAGACGAAAUAAAUAUGAACAUAGUUAAGUGUUGACCAUUCGUGUAUUCAUUUUUACAGAAUUAGCAAGUCACCAUGCAAUCAUCGAGAAAAAUCACCACCACUGAAAAGAAUGGCGUUGGUAUACCUACUAUCGUUGAACUCAAUGUUGGUGGACAACUAUACACAACAUCUUUAACAACAUUAUUAAGAGAUCCUGAAUCCUUUCUCGCGCGAAUGUUUAGCGGAAGACAAAGAAUAUCCAGAGAUACGCGCGGAAGAUUUUUCAUCGACAGAGACGGGCUUUUAUUCCGAUAUGUUCUGGAUUAUUUACGUAACAACAACUUGAUAUUACCAGAAAAGUUUACCGAAACUGAAAGGUUGCUUUAUGAAGCCGAGUAUUUUCAAAUUAGCGGACUUAUCAAAGCUUUAAGAGCAUACAUGGUCACCGGUGCAAACGUUACGAAACUUCCGAAAGGAAAUCCUGCUUUCUUGACAUUGAGCGUUCGCGGAACGUUCGCUUUCGGACGCGACGGUUUGGCCGAUAUAAAAUUUCGAAAAUUGCAGAGAAUAUUAGUUUGUGGAAAUGUCGCAAUUGCUAGGGAAGUGUUCGGUGAAACAUUAAACGAAACACGUGAUCCAGACCGUGAUCAGCAACGAUACACAAAUCGAUUUUUUUUAAAACACAACCAUCUGGAAAAAGCGUUCGAUCAAUUUUAUGAAAAAGGUUUCAAAUUAGUAUCUUCUUCAGCCGGAGGGGCUGGAUACGAGCCAGAAUCAGAUGAAACGAAGUGGAACAAUUUUACAAAUUAUGUUUUCUUUCGGGAGUAAAAAAGAAGGGAAAACUCUUAUGUGGAAUAAAAAAAAUUAUGCUCUUCUCUUAAGCGUACGAAAUUUUUGAUCUUUUGACAUUUAAAAACACUCGUUAAUUUCGUCCGAUUUAAAUUUCUGUUCCAUGAUUUUUUGUUUUUAAUACUUAGGCAACCAUAUUUUUGAUUUUGUUUAAAACUGAAAGAAUAAUUAAAUUUCUCUGGAAAUAGAAAAACUCCGGAACAGUCAGUGUUUUGAAACUGUAUUUGUAAUUAGGGGUGUGGCAUGCUAACUAGAGGGGAUGGCGUAAAAUAAAUGAUUGAUUGAUAGUAAUUGUACAA